AGUCCCGUUGCGGUCGGGGGUUCAGCUCUCGGCGCAGGGCCGUACGCAUCUGUGGGCGAAGCUCCACGUGGAACAGCUGCCUUAUCGCGUCGUCUUGCAUGUUUUAUACAACGUCUCGGCCAUUCGGAUCGUGGUUACAGUCGUCGCGAAAUUCACGCCGACGGUGGACAAAUCUCGUUUUCGGUUCUACAUGCGUUUUGUCUUCUUUGAAUCAGUAGUUCACGUUUCUAGUCUAUACCUUUCCUUCUUUUUUCCCCCCCUGUUCUUUGUAAUCGUUUGGCGGAGCCACGCCACCACCACGUCGUGAGUCGUCCAUGAAUGAGCAGCGAGUGACGCGUGUGUUUUCCGUAAUCGUCUUUCGUGCUCGAUCGCUCCUCGGGUAUCCUUGCUUGGUGACGUGUGUUCUUUGUGCGCCACGCUUUCUGGCUGUGCCGCACGCAGAAAGUUACGAGAGUUAACUUUCGAGUGCUCGCGAAAACGGUGUGCCAACUGAGCAGGAGAAGGUGGAGGAGAAGGAGGAGGAUUUAAAGAAACGCACCUUGCGUGUGUGCGCGUUGCGUGCGUGCGUGUGUGUGCGUGUAUGUGGUGUUUCUCCACGCGUCGCGUCGGUUUCUAAUUUGCCGCAGCGGAGGGGAGAGAAGGAAGCGUUCGAUGGAAAAUCGAAGGGAGCAAGUGUGAGAAAUAACUGCUAGCGGGAGAGAGAGAGAGAGAGAGAGUAGUGGUGACGACGCGUGUUCGUCUGUCGUGGUGCCGUUGCUGCCGUCCGAUUGUUUUCUCACUUGGCCUGUCCGCUUUGGUGCAUCGCUCUUUACGAACCCGGGGCCGGCGUCUCAUGUUGUUUACAAAUCAACGCGAUUACGUUGCUGCACGUCGUGUACACACGGUGUUACUCGCAUGCAACAGGCGACACCGCGUUGCCAAAGUUUCCUCUUGAUUAAUCGAUUGGAAAUUACAGUCGGUCCGAGCGAUACCUCUCAAGGAUUCGAAUUAAUCGCACCGGUUGUCGCCGGUAGUCGCAGGGACAUCCAGAGGAAACCAGCGAAGGAAGGAACAAAGCGUAGAAGAGCGCGACGCAUUGGCGUAGAGUCGGCAAGGAGGGUCGCGUCUAGGGAAAAAUCGGUAGAAAAGUUUCGGGUGCACGCGCAAGGAAUAUCAGCUGUAUAAUUACGCGAAGGUAGCGCGCGGCUUAGAAUCAAUACGACUGGAUUACUUAGGCCUUAGGCGACGGUUUAACUCCGGAGGAACGACAGAAAAACGAAACACCGACCGCGUGUUAAGCGGCACGAGCGAUUUUUCGCGAUUGGCGUACAAAAGAAAGGGGUACGCAGUGACGAACCUGAACGCAGAGAAAACAAGCUGCACCAGCGAGUUGCUUCGUAUGCCUUGAUGGGGUGUGUUUUCAGUGUGUUUGGGCGGGGUGUGAGGCAGUCGUUGCUGCCGCGUCGGCUCAUGCAGCCGGUCUGUUAAAAAUGGCAGCAUCGUCCGAUUUUUACGUCUCGAGUAACAAUUAUUGGCUGCGACCGAGGAAGAAAUCCAGUUGACAUCCGGGCGCGGGCAGCUAGGAGGGACAGUGAGUAACCGAACACGUGGUCCGUUGAGGGAGCAGCUAGUCUAGUUUACUACUAGGUGCGUGUGUCGGCUAGCUACACCCCUGGCGCACGUGCGUACGUGUAUUUCCGCGAGUCGUCGCGAACGGUGCACGUGUGAGUGACAAAUCGCGAGUGAAAGUGCUUGGAGACUAGUGACUUUUUUUCGUACCGUCACGCGUUUCUCACAGGCUUCCUGUAUUUUCAUUUGUGAAACCUGUCUUGACAGUUGAAACUUGACGUUUCGGAGCGUCCGUGUCGACACCAUCGCGUUCGUCCAGUGUUUACCAUGUAUCCUGAGCUUAAGGUUGAUUAAAUCAGUGGAAUACGCAUAUGAUUGACGAAAAAUCGAUCGUUCUUAUAGCCACGAGCAAUUAUUAUCAUUCGUUCGAUGCGAAUUAACAAACGGGUAAAAAUCUUCGGUAAAUACGAACACGAAUGCUGUGGCGCCACCUGCACGCUACGUCCCUGGCAAGGGUCGUCUGUUGACUCUGGUGGUGUUUAUUCGCGCUUGCCUCUUCUCUCUUUCUUUCUUGCACCGAGUCAUUUGUGUUUGGACGAUCGCGAAUUUUUUUGCAAUGUGACGAGAAAAUGAAUGAAGACUAGCGUGAUGUCGGACCUGUGCACGCGCCUAACAGUGGGUGCGCGCCUGGAUCUCGACUCGAAAUCUGGUGGAACGUCUUGAAACAGGUUGAAAAUCAGCGUGAAAAUGCCGGCAACGCGACCGUACAGAUGCCCAUUGUUGUACGCUGUUUUCACGGUUUUCGAUGAGACGGUUCGUGGACGGACUGCGAAUUCGGAUUCUUGAAAAGUAUCGGGAAUCGUGUUUCGUGCGCUUUAAGUUCCCUCGUUGGCUGUGGAACUUGCGGAACGCGUCCUAACCGCCGUAUAGGUUAGGUUACCGGCACAUAACCUUAACGCGACUCCAAGGAAAACUUGAGUUACUGUACACGCAGGAAUUGAAACGUGACAUUGUUGUUCGAUUAGGAUUAAAGUGUAUCCGGUGAAUUGACGUUUUUUUUUCUCGCCAAGUGCUGAUUCCUCCAAAGUGGGUGAUCGGUGCAAUGGAAUGAGCUGGUUGAUCAUAGGACAAUGAAGGCCAAUGGGACAAACAAUGGCUGUAGCCGCCUAAACACGCCAUUGGCAGCCACUACCACGCUGGAGGAUCCGGGAACACCAGCCUCUUGGAAGGGCCCGCCGCCCGGCUCGGAGGCAUCGCCCUUUACACCAAACUCCGUUGGCCAGGGUGGUGGCCCUGGCUCUGGUCCCUACAACAGUACAGGUGGUCCACCGAGCAAUGCGGCCUUCCAAGGACCGAGUCCUUUCCCCGGUGGCGCUGGUAGCCCAGCGGGGGCACCACCCUAUCAAGGUCCACCUCCUGGUUCCGCGACUCCCCAAUAUACUGCCUCGCCGGCGCCUAGUGGUUCCUCGACACCCGGUCCUGGACCACCGCCGAAUUCGUCGGGAUUCCCUCCGCCGCCGAAUAAUUCCGGGCCACCGUACAAUGGGCCCGGUCCGAGUCCGUUUGGCUCGCCAUCUGGCGGGCCACCGCAGUUCGUCGGUCGACCUGGUUCUUCGGGACCGCCGUUCGUACCUCCGGGUGCUGGAAAUCCUCACUUUCCUUCGCACGGUCAACCGUUUGGCGGACCACAAUACGGUAUGCCACCUGGAAGCCCAUUUGGACCUGGUCAUCCGAUGACAGGACCUAUCGGACCUGGACAUCCAGCGAUGAUGGGACCUGGUGGACCGGUCGACAGGAUAGAGCAAGG